AUGGGGCUUCUCAAAAAGAUUGGCAAGUCUCCGAAGAGCACGAGGAAAACAGUAAAUGUCGAAAAACCGCCCCCUGUCUUCAGACAGCUGGGCGACGAAGAGUUGAAGAAAGGUUCGAAGGAACCAAUCCAACAAAGUCCCGCUACAUCAAACUCAACGUCCAGUCAAAAUAUCUGGAUUGCGGCGUCGAACGCAGAAGCGAAGAAGAAACAACAGCAACAAUCUGAAAACCGCCAGAACUCUGUUUCGUCACAUGGAAGUUAUAUGGAGGAAGUCUUAGAUGAGUCCUCCUACUACGACGAAGAAAUAAUUGAUGAUGACGACAUGGAAGCCGAUUCUCCGUACCAUUUACCUCCCAGGAAGACUACAAUUCGAUUUGACGAGUUCGAUGAAAUGCAGACAAUUCUUCAUAUCAACGAUUAUACAGGACAUGAAAUAAACAAGGCUUGGUACAAACGCGAAGAUUACGACAAGAUGGUGCUCCUAGCUCGCAAAACUGCGGAAAAAGUGGAGGAACGUCGCAAGGAACUCGGGAAAGUAGACAAAAAGAUGAAACCAAUUGAAUCGAGGGGAUUGGAGGCGUGGACACAAAUGGGUGCAAUGAAGGUGAAAGUGAUGAAAGACAGUGCUGUCGAGGCUGUGUGGAACGAACAAAGUCGGCAAUGGGAUAUCGGUACAUACGAGCCAGAUAAAAUCCGUGACGCAUAUGUUGAGAUUGCUAAAGGCUCCCAAUUAUCUGCUCAGGAUAGAGCGUUCUCUGAUGAGCUCAUUGCAAGAAGAAUACGAGAGCAAGAAAUCGCGCGACGAGAAAAGAAACAGAACAGAAAGUUGCUCGGAAAGAGUAAAGCAUUGGUGAAGAAGACAGCGAAAGCUACCACUGGUGGCGUCAUGAAGACAACAAAGCUCGUCGGCAAGACGACGAAAAUGACUGGAAGGGUUGCUCUAGCAACAACCAAACGAACUGUAAAGGCUGGAGUCGCAACUGCAACAUUGGAUGGAAAGAUGUUGAAAGAGGCUGUGACAAUUAAGACGAAGAAAAGGGAGGUCGAGAAGCAGGUAGUCCGAAUGCCUUCCCAAAGCUCCAUGGGUGUGAUUAAGCUCGCAGACAACACGAAUGGAAUGAAUGAUGGCCAAGACCAUCGGGAGGACGAAUCCAUUCUUACAGAAAACGAUCCGAGAAAGAAAGAGAAGAUGAAGCUUCUUGGUAUUGUUCCAAUUCCAGGAACAAAGAAGGAAUACGAAGAGGAUAGACGGCAGAAGAAAAUCGAAAAGAGACAAGGACUUACAAGGAAGGCUUCGUGGGAAGCCAGCUUGGCAGCAUCAGGAAAGUAUUGA